AGCGCCAACAUUACAAAUUCACAGCGGACGAAUUGAGAGUGUUAAAGGAAUGCAACAGGGAGAGCUUUUUCCAAAGAUGCCUCCCACUCUCCGCCCUAUUAGGAGGGGCUACAUAUUACGCAGUCAAAACCGGUUUGGAGCUACACCCAAGGUUAUGGCAGCCGUGGCAGUUGGAUAUUUCGUUGGAAAAUUCUCUUAUCAAGGCAAAUGUGCGGAAAAGCUUAUGCAGCUUCCCAACAGUCCUCUGGGGCAGAUGAUAAGGGCCAGAAAGGAGGGUAGGCUUCCAGAGGGUACUGAAUCUGGAUUUGGUCCAAGUGUGUCUUUGAGUCCAUUCUCUGGAAUAACAGAUAGUUACAGUGACAUUAGUCCGGGAAGUCAGGAUAUUGACUUGGAUAGGCCUCAAUUAGAUGGAUUGGAUGAUUCAUUUCGACCUUCUGUUGACAAUCCAAUUGUAAUACAAGAAGAAGAAAUGCCACCCGAACAAAAGCAUGUGACCACUUACGAGGAAUUAAGGAAGAAAAAUAGAGAAGAAUAUGAACAAAAACGAUUGUCUAGUUACAGCUCUAGGGAAUCUCCUAAGGAAUCGCGACAAUUGCCUGCAACAGUUCCUUCCACAGAAGCAAGAGAAGAAUUCCCAAAAUCAGCUAGAAGAAAUAAAUAUGGUGAUAUUAUGGAAUAAUGGCAUUUAAUGUAAUAAUGGGUAGAUUAACAGAUGAAAUACUACAUUCACGUCCAAGUAUUUUCUUAGUCCCAUAAAUUUUGUAAAAUUUAAAGUAAAAUGGUUUCAAAAUUAAGAUCAUGAAGGAGUAAUAUGAUAAAAGUGGUAAAAGAUAUUGGCAGGUAAAGUUAAAUAAAAAAGA